AUGAACUCGGAGCACACUAAACCGUCUUUUGCUCUCGCCGAGCUCGACUUGGCAUGCAACUGCUGUCCCCUCGCCGUCUCGCUCGCUCCGUCGUCGCUGUUUGACACUGUCAACAAGCAGGUGGAGGUGGCUGUUAUUGUUGACGUCUCUGCGAAGGUUCCAGAAUUCCUCCUUGUCCUGUUUCCUGAUUGCAGUAAGAACACCUCGUCCAAGGAUGGCGUAGCCACUCCGGGAACUCCCAAGUCGAUGCUUUUGUCAGUGCACAUCAAGAGAGAGGGAGAGUCUCCGGUGGUGUCACCCCUGUCAUCUGAAGAUGCCCACCACUCCGACAGAUAUCAGACAUUUUUACGAGUUCGGGCAAACAGGCAAACGAGAUUGAAUGUUAUGGCAUGCUGCCUUAUGUCCUCCUCUUGUUCUCCUCCUCCUCCCUCUCCAWUUUUCUUUGAAUCAUUCUGUCCUCUUUUUAAAAUUCAUCUUUAUUUGUUUUUUGCGGGCCAGCGCGAGGGGGCUCUGGCCGACGAAGACUCYGCAGACAUGGACGGCGAGAACGGGCGGGGCUUCGACGAGUACGAAUGGGCGGGGCAGAAAAGGAUCAGAGCUACGGCCUUAUUGGAGGGAGGCUUCAGAGGAACUGGAUUCGCCACAUGCAGUAUCAAGGAGAGUGCGGCGGACAGCGACGCUGACCUCGACGUGGACGGAGACGACACGUUGGAGUACGGGAAGGCCCAGUACACCGAGGCCGACAUCAUCCCUUGCUCCGGAGCCGGGGAGGACCAAGGAGAAGCCCGGGAGAGGGAGGCGCUACGAGGAGCUGUGCUCAACGGCGGGAUGCCUUCCAACAGAAUAACGCCCGAGUUCUCCAAGUGGGCAAAUGAUGAGAUGCCUUCAACGAGYAACGGGGAGAGCAGCAAAACAGACCCCAGCACUCCUUCAUCAUCAUCUUCCUCCUCCUCAAAUGCUCCACGUACCUGUAAAAACAGCGAGAUCGAAAAGGUGACAGAGGAAGAAUCAACAGCUACCACUAUGGAGGCUCUGAAGGCCCGAAUCCGAGAGUUGGAGAAGCAGAUCCUUCGGGGAGACCGGUACAAGUGUCUCAUCUGCAUGAGAAAGCCUGCUCUCAAGCCAGGCGCAGAGAUCAAGAGCAUAGGGGUGUGGUCGGGCUCCCGGCCACUGGCCAAYGAGGUUGGAGAGAGGCAACCUAAGUCCCUCCCCCUCGGCCUGUACUGCCUGUACAGGGGCCUUGUGAUUGGGGGCUACGGCAGCAGCAUAAAGAGGCUCCUCCCACAACCCCUACGGAGGGACUCGUACACGAUGCCUCUGACGUCCAUCCAGUGCUGGCAUGUCCAUUGUGAAGAGUGCUGGCUCAGGACUCUGGGGAACAAGAAGCUGUGCCCGCAGUGCAAUACCAUCACCUCACCUGGAGACCUGAGGCGUGUCUACUUGUAAAGAGCACAACGGCUGCCUCUUUCAUUUCCUUCACCCUGGAUUCUGCCCUUUGCCCCAUUUGUCACCCUUGGCUUUCUCCUGUGGACUGUUCACCCCCAAACCUCCGAGAGCAUUUAGAGACAAGACAGCAGUCUUUGAGACUCCACUGGCUCUUUCGGGAGGCUGACACUCUGUUGAAGAAGUGACGCAUAGACACUCUCGUUGACUGUCCUAUCGUCCAUUUGCAGAAAGAAAAGAAAAUACGGUGACCUGAAGUCCCAGAUGUUUAACAAAUAGGUUCCACUGAAGGACUUUUGUCAGUGGAGAACCGUUACCCCACCCAUAAAAAAUAAAAAGUCCUGCUGACUCCUGGUAGCUUCACGCUGCUGGGGAUGAACUCCUCGUUCCCGCGCUUCUUUAAAAUUUGACUCCAGCUUGGACCGCAGGAUCAUCGUUGAUGACUUGACAGAAAGCUUCUUUGUUUAAUUUUACUUUUUUAAUCUUUGUUUUUUGGGGGGGGGUUCUGAAAAAGCAAACUCUUUCCUCACAGAACUUUUGCUUAAGUGUUUGGAAAAAAUAAAAAAUUGGACCAGCCAUCAAGAUUGAGCUUUCAACCAAACUGAGAAUACCCCUCCGAAUCUUUCGGAAAAUGAAGUUUGACGCUCCCUGUCCUCCACUUCUUCUUUUCAUUUCUUUUUCCCUUUUUUGUGGUGUUCUAGUGAAGUAAACCAAAAUUUGCCCCCCAUUCCAAAAAGCAGUGCAAGCACAUGUAAUAUAGUUCUAUGUAAGUUUACAAUGUUGGGUGUAAAUGACAUGGAGUUCUCAUACACACUUGUACACGCGAACGACACACACUGAAGUAUACAUUUAAAAUCCCCUUUUUUUUUCUUUUCUUUUUUUUUUUUUUGAGCCAAAAGUCGGUUUGGGAAUAAUGUGUGUGUGGGGGAAAAAAUGGCUGGAAUAAAAAGCCUUCUGUAUUUUUGAAAAGAAAAAAAAAGGAUMAUUUUAAGGUCUGUUGAAGUUUUAUUUGAAUGUACAGGAAUAAAAAGAUAAUAAAAAUAAUAAACUACUCAAGACUAGAUUGUCAAGAUUUUAGGUGGUGUAGUUUUUCUGCAGGUUACCCUGGAAAACUAGAUCAGAACAUAACAGGACAAAUGUUAGUUUUAUUGAGUGGAGAGAUUCCUAUUGCCCAAGCYUUCCUGAAACCAUGCAGAGCAGCCCGAAUGUUCUCUGAACUGAAACAUUUUUUUAGCAUAGCUUCUUCUUUUCGCCAACCAUUUCUUCUUCGUUUUUGUUGGGAUAAUGCCAUGAUCACAUCGUAGUCAGCAGACACUUCUUUUUUUUCUUUUUCUUUUUUUUUUACCCCUACUUGUCUCCAAAAAAAGUUAUUUUUUCUAGUAUUCCCAUAAUGCUGUGCUGCAUAAAAAGGUCCCAAGAAGCAAGUCCAAAGGGCAGUUUUUUUUCUUUUCUUUCCCCUAAGCAGUAACAAAUGAGUAAAGGCUCUUUAAAGGAAAGAUGCCCAAGGCUACACUGGCAAUCUCAACCAACCCAGAGCAUUUUCCCCUUUUCCCUUUACCGCAGCGGCAUCAGCAGCCAAGAUGGUGGUGUGCUUUGUGUUUGUAAAACUAUGUAAUCUGUGAUGUCUGUAUUGUUGUAAGAAAUAUUGGAAAAAAAGAAAAAUAAAACUUCUCAAAUAUCA